AUGCUAACCGGAUCCUCCGAGAGACCCAAACACCACGCCUCCUCUCUUAAACCCAACCCGACCCAUCAACCCGACCCGAGAUCCUCCUCUCCUUCUUCUUUCUCAAUCCCUCCAAUCAAAGCCGUACCGAACAAGAAACAAUCCUCUUCUUCCUCCGGUUUCCGUCUCUACGAGCGCCGCAAUUCGAUGAAGAAUCUCAAAAUCAACCCGUUAAACCCGGUUUUUAACCCGGUUAAUUCGGCUUUCUCGCCCCGGAAACCAGAGAUCCUCUCUCCGAGCAUCCUCGAUUUCCCGUCGCUCGUACUCAGCCCGGUCACUCCUCUUAUACCCGACCCGUUUGAUCGAUCCGGGUCGUCGAAUCAGAGCCCCAGCGAGCUCGGGUUCGCGAAAUCAAGCACGGAUGCGGAAGAGAAAGCGAUGAAAGAGAAAGGGUUUUAUCUGCAUCCAUCUCCGGCGACAACUCCGAUGGAUCCCGAGCCUCGUCUUCUUCCUCUCUUUCCCGUGACUUCACCUCGAGUCUCAGGUUCUUCCACAGCUUCAACUUCAUGA